ACAAUACCGAGUGAAGUGCGCUCUCCGCGCCGCCGAAAGCCUUUCCCGACGUCACGCGUGGCGAGUCGACGAGCGUGGCGUGAUCGACGCGAGCGUGCGCGCGUGCGUGUGUGUGGUGCGGCAGUGCCAGUGUGUUAGUGUGCAGUGCCGUGUGGUGUGCAGUGUCGACUGGUGUGUGGUCUACAGCUUGACGGCGACGUGCUCGUCGGCCUAGUCGUCGGCCUGGUCCUGCCGGGCGACCCCCGGCCGUGCCCGUCGGCCGUGCCCCGCGAGGCACCCCAAGGCCCCAAGACCGCAAGGUCCGGGGUGCCUCAGUAUGUGAGUGAGGCCCCUGUUCGGCCUCCUGGCCUCUAGGCCUGCCACCAGGCCUCUGCCAGGGCCGCCAGGGCCAUGUUGCUGCUGUGGGCGGCGCUGCCGCUCUUGGGGGUGGCCGUCGUGGCCCCCCUGGGCGUGCACGGCGUGCGCGGCUCCCUGCACUGUGCGGAGCGGCGGGACAUUUCGCCUUGCACGUGCAGCCCCAUGAUGCGGUCCACCAUCGUGGUGCAGUGCGAGCGGAUGACGUCCUUCGGCCAGGUGGUGACGGCGCUGCGGGGCCGCUUCCAGCCCGGCGUCAACAUCGACCUGUCCGUCUCCUUCUCCAAGCUCGACGACUUCCACGAGCGCAGCUUUGACGAGCUGGGACUGUCCGUGCUCAAGCUCACGCUCAAGGGGAACAACCUCAGCCAGCUGCCCGAGGGUGCGUUCUCCGGGUUGAACGGCACCAGCUUCCUCAGCCUGGCCGACAACGUGCUGCCCACCAUCCCCACGUCCGUGCUGGCGCAUAUGCCCAAGGUCCGCUCCCUGGACCUCAGCUCCUCCAAGCUCAUCGCCGUCAGAUCGCAGGACUUCAAGGUGCUGACGACCCUGGAGCACCUCAUCCUGGUGGGGAACUCGCUCAGCAUCCUGGAGAAGGACGCCUUCCCCCGGACCCUGAAGCACAUCCACUUGGGCCGGAACCAGAUCAGGCAUCUCAACGGCACUCUCCGGGAGCUGGAGAAGCUGGAGUGGCUGUUCCUCAACGUGAACCAGCUCACGUCGCUGGACGAGCAGCUCCCGGAGAACGGCAUGGCGCAGCUGCAGCUCGUCCUGAUCGCCAACAACCGCCUGGAGCGGCUGCCGGCCGAGCUGCUCAAGUGCCCGCGCCUGGAGACCAUGUACGCCACCAACAACUCCCUCACAAGCCUGCACGGUGUGUUCUCCCGGUCGCGCAAGCUGCAGCUCCUCGACUUGACGCACAACAAGAUCAACUCGCUGGCCGAAGACGAGUUCCUCGAGGCUGAGAACAUCGAGCAGCUCAGCAUGGGCUUCAACGAGAUCGAGUCCCUCAACUCGUCGCUGCUGCGCGUGCGUGCGCUCACGUUCCUCAACCUGACGGCCAACCGCAUGACCGUCUUCAGUCUGCAGGAGAUCCACGGGCUGCAGCGGCUCAAGAUGGUGGACCUGUCGUACAACAGGAUUGCCCGGCUGGGCGGCCGCAUGGAGAACGUGGUGGACUCGGAGACGCGCGUGGAGGAGCUCCGCCUGGAGUACAACGCCCUGGUGUCGCUGGACGGCGCUUUGGGCGGCGUGCAGGGCCUGGAGAGGCUCAACCUGAGCCACAACCUGCUGGAAAGCAUCUCCCCCGACGACCUCAUCGGCCUGGACCAGCUCAUGGCCCUGGACAUCAGCUACAACCGGCUGCACACGCUCGAGGAGACGUCCAAGACGUUCAUGCCCGCCCUGGAGGAGCUGGUGGCGUCGCACAACCUGCUGCAGUCGCUGGAGCGCGACUUCCACGGCCUGCCCGCGCUGUGCCGCGCCGACCUGAGCAACAACAACAUCAGCCGCAUCCACCCGGAGCUGACGACCAAGACACGGUGCAAGGUGCACGGCGUCAACAGCGUGCUGCGCAUUGCCCUUCACAACAACCCGGUGCACUGCGACGAGCAGCUGGCGCGCACCCUCAUCGUGUUCCAGACCAACCUGACGGAGCUGCAGGGCGUGCCGGCCUGCACGCUGGCGCUGCCGCAGCUGGUGCUGGUGUCCGUCGGCACGGUGGGCGGCAUGCCCGCCAUGCCGGCCAUGCCCGUCGGAUCGCUGUCCGUCGGCGCCGUGCCCGUACAGGUGCCGGUGCAACUGCCCGUGCUGCCCGCGCUGUACACCGGCAUGUCCGGCGUCCCCGGCGUCCCCGGUGUGCCCGGCGUGCCCGGCGUCAUGGGUGUGGCCGCGCAGGCGCCGGCCCUGGUGCUGGGUGGCUACCCUCUGGCACCGCUCGCACCGCUGCCUCCGAGUACCACGACGACCACCACAACCACCACAACAACGACUACGACCACCACCCCUCCGCCGCCCCCAUCCACCCCCGAGCCAGCGCCUACUGAGGUUGAAACCGUCGUCGAAACCACCGAGGUGACUUCUACCACCACUACCACAACGACAGCACCGACGCCCGAACCCGAAGUAGCCGCACCAGAGACGAAGCCCGCGCCGCAGCCGGAGCCGAAGCUGCCACCCAAAUCGGACCUGGAACCAGAACGUGGAUCCGAACCGGACUCGCAGCCCGAAGGGCCCGAAGCCCAGCCAGAGACCGUGCCGGUGGUGCCGGUAGUGGUGCCGGGCCAAGAGGAGCGCCUGGCCGUCCAGGCCGUGCAGGCCGUGCCGGUCAAGGAGCUGCCACCCGUCAUCCAGCUGCUGCAGCCCGAAGUGAGUGUGCAGCCGUCCAAGGACUUGCCUCCGCUCGACGACCCGACGUGGACCAUGGUCCUGGCCCGCCCCAUGCCCCCCGUCCCGCCCAUGGCGGCCCCACUCGCCCCGCCCCCACCUCCCCCAGUACCUGCCCCGACCAGCACCGCGCCGCCCCCGCCGCCCCCGCCAGCGCUGCCGAGCCCAGAGACCCCCGAGGAGACCGAGGAACUGCCGGAGCAGCCUCGGAGUCCGCCAGUGGUUGCGGUCGCCGUUGAUGAAGACGCUGCUGUGGUCGCCACCGGCACCGGUCAAGUCGCGGACCUGGUGGCGGACCCCCCGAGCAACGCCGCGCCGCAGGACUCAGCGAGUCCUCCUCCUCCCCCGCCGCCGCCGCCCCUGCUGCAGGGACUGCAGGGACUGCAGGGACUGCAGGGGGAGCCGAUGGCGGCGGACGGGCCACCCCCGGCGUCCGAGCUUCCACCUCUCAUCCUCAUAAAGCUGCUCAACGAAACCAGCCAUCCGAUGUCUGUCUCGAGGCCCGUUGCUGCACCCUUGGAGAAAGACCCCGAGGACUAGCGGCCUUGCCAGCGGCCACUGCGUGCCUGGAGUGCUUAAUGCACCCUACACUGCGUCGUCUACCGUCUGCGCCCCUUGGGAGGCCGUGGGGCCCGGGGGCCGUGGAGCCCGGGGGCCUGGGGGCCUCCCUCUCGCAUUCACAGUAUUCCCUUCCCACCCCACCCCUCCCCACCGCCCGAGUGAUGCUAGCCCACAGGACACACUCCGCUGUGCAUGGUCAACCAGUAACUCUCGUGUAUAAAGUUGGUUUACUUAUGUGUAUGUUCCAUGAUUACCUAUCACAACUUAUGGUAAAAAAUAGUUCACAUAUAUUAAUAUAUACAGUAAUAUUGAGAAAAAAAAAGCAAGAGAAGGCAACGCUCAGCAUAAAUUUUGAAGCUAACGUGUGGUGGUUUUGUGCAUUGUGAUACUCACUCAUGACAGAUGUAUAGUUUGAUUAAUGGAAAUCCUUCAUAUGAUGUACAUAUAUUAAGCAGAAUAACAUGAAAUAACACAUGUGGAAAUGCUACAAUUGUCUUAAGUACAGAUUGACGUUUGUCUGCAACCAAUCACCUGUAACAAUGUAAGAACAUUUCCAUCCAAAUUGUUAAAAAAUUAUGACAUGUAUGAUGCAUACAAUUUUGAACUACGAUGGUUUCUUUCAGAAUUUCUCCAAUGAUACGACAUCCUGGUGAAAAGAAUCCUAGAGAACUUAUCUUAAAUUCACAUUUCUUUGGAUUGAUUAUUCAGUGGUUGCUUCAAGUCUGCAUUGCUUUUAGCCGUUUUGUGUUAUUUAUAUUUUUUUUCUGUCAGGAGAGUGCAUACCACUUUAUAUUCAAGAAGUACAAAAUUUGACUUUUCUUCUGUAAAACCAACAAUGGCUUUAGGUUCUCAUUUAUUUAAAGCUUCUAUUGUGUCACAUAUUAGACUUGUUAAGGUAAUUUAAAUUUUAGUUUAUUAUUAUUGUUAUAAAUAUUAAAUAUGGCGUAAUCAGCAUAAAGUUACUUACCAGUGACUGUUGAGAAGACUUCAUGAAUCUGACUUGAAAUUAUGACUUGAUUUUGUUGUUGUUGUUGUUGUGUUAAAAUUAUUUUGAUACAAAGUAGCUGUUUUUGAAACCUUUCAAGUUUAUCAACUCAUUAUUUAUCUCAUAAACCUGCAGCAACCUCCAAAGACUUCAGAUGUAGCUUAAAUUGCAGAGCCAAUUGUUAACAUUUAUUUGCUUUCACAACAUAGUUUGGAGUAUUCCAUCGCACCAUAUGUUUUCUUUUCUUUACCUUUUCCCCAUAGUUCUAUAUUGUAAGAGCUUACUCUAGAUACAAAGUAGCUUUAAAUAUAUUUGUAAUGUAUGUAAACACGUCCACAUUUUCCUUU